GAAGUCAAAUGGCAUGGAAACCAAAGUAGAAGCAGGAAAUUGCCAGAAGUGAAUGUUGUGAUUUUUUCAGAAGCUCGAGCAAUAUAUGUAAUUUAUCAACUGGUGCACAGAAAAUCGAGUUAUGCACAAAAAUUAGAGAGAUCAGUAGGGGAGAGAUUUGAGAUAUGACAAGCAUUGCAUCGGUAACGCCAGAAUCGCCAAACUCGGAUUCAGCAUAACAAUGCGUCGGAGAACUAUGGAUUUGAUUUGGGGGCUUGAGUUGCGAACAGAGGUGGCAAGCGGUGGCUUUCCACCGGAGGUACCGGUGGGUGUGGCACUACAGUGACGAUGGAAGUGUCGCGGCUACGGCGGCAGCGGCAGCGGCGGCUCAAGGCUCUGACAUCAAUCGUUUACGUAGGAGAAACGUCCAGCGCAAAAGGCAAGAGGCUGAUAAAGCUACUACAAGGUCAUCUAGCAAUUCAGAAGACGAGAAUAAAUUCUAUCAUAAGGCAUUCGUGUGCUGAUAUUGCUCAAUUACUCCAAAAUGGCCACCAUAAACUAGCUGUACGUAGGGUUGGGCUGCUCUACAGGGACCAGUGCAGGUUAUCUGCUUAUGAUCAACUGGAAGAGUACUGUGAAUGCAUCCUCGCGAGCAUUCAAAAUAUUAGCAAAGACAGCUUGGCUGCUGAUGCUAGUGAAGCAGUAUCCAGUCUGAUAUUUGCUGCAUCAAGAUGUGGGGAGCUGCCGAUGCUAAAUUCCAUACGAAAUCUGUUCAGAAAGCAUUUUGGCUGCGCGUUUGUCACAGCCAACGUUGAACUACUACCUGGAAAUCUCGUGAAUCGUCAAAUAAAGCAGAGACUCUGUGUAAAAUCAGCACCAAAUUCUGUGAAGCUGAAGCUUAUCAGAGAAAUAACCAGAUACUACACUCAAGAUGAUCAUGAGAAAGAUGGGGUUGGGCAGGAAGAUGAGUUCUUGAAUUUGGACAUUUACAGUAUUUGCAACAAUGACAAUUUUGAAGAAAAUGAAAUGGCAUCAAGUCUGAUAUUUGCUGCCUCAAGACGUGAAGAGUUACAGAAACUGCCUUUGCUGCAAAAUCUAUUUGAAGAACUUUUCGGUUUUGAAUUUCUAAGGCACGACAUUGAGUUACUGCCUGGAAAUCAUGUGGAGAGUCAGAUAAAGAAUGAUUUAUGCAUCAAUUUGGUACCUAUUGAAGCGAAGCUGAAACUGGAUCAUGAAAUGGCUGGAAAUCAUAAGGAUUUUCUUCACCGUAAAAGGGAGUUCGAGUAUGAGGAGGAGAAAUUUCAUGACUUCAGAAUUGAAGAUGAAUGCAAAGGCGAUGCUGGAGAUAAUGUACAAGUUAAAGGAUCCAAUGAGAUGCCAAGAAAACAUUAUUCACAGUACCGUUCUUCAUCAGAUUCUGAGAAAUUGGUGGUACCAUCUGAGUCUUAUAUAGCUGCAGCUGGAAUGGAAAAUCAGGAAGAACUUUCUGUUGGGACUAGAGCAUGUUAUGUCCAUGAAACUAGUUUGGAUUAUCAUUGUCUCCAAAUGAAUGCAUCUGCAGUUGGGAUGGAACAUAACAGACAAUCUUCUGUUGGGGGGUCUACCGCACAUGAUGUCCCUGAGAUUCGUGAGAUAGGUUGUGUUCUCCAAAAUGGGCGCAUAAGGUUUGCGAGUAGUGAAUCAAAGAAGCAUAAGGGGAAGAGAAGACUGAAAAGAGUAAAGAGUCCCACAAUGCAACUUUGUGGGCAAGGCACACCUCCUUCCCAAAGCGAGAUGGCCCUGGCGUAUGAUAUGUUUAAUAGCAGAUCUCCUUCUCCAAGCCAGAUGGCCCUGGAGUAUGCAAUGUAUUACGGAAAGCAAUCCCUAUAGAAAGGAGAAAGACUUAAGCUGAAAAUCAGUUUCCAGGGGCAGAACAAAUGAAUUCUGAUAUCCGGAAGAACUGCUCGAGCUCACUGACUCUUUCCGGAGACUACUGUUUAGUUCCCCCAUUCCCCAUAUUAUAGCAUAAUGUAGUAGUUAUAUUAGUUCUAUUAGUUGUUUUUCAUUCUGUUUUUCUGUUUCUUCUGUUUUCUUUCUUUUCCAGCUUCUUCCUCUGGUCAUAUAUACAGAGGCUUCGGUUUGUAAUAUGGUAAGAGAGGAAUAUAACCGAAAGUUGCUUUCUCCUUGUUCGAA